AUGGUGUUCCGCAACGGCGCGCGCAUCCUGGCCAAGGCCUCGGCGUCGCACGACGUGCUCGUGUCGGAGCUGCAGGCCUUCAUCCCCGCGGGCGACUUCAUCACACAGUGCCUGUACCAGCCGCUGCCGACGCCAUACGCGGAGCGAUCCACAGCGGCUGGUGGCAACGUAAUGGGCGUCGAGCGGGCCGAGGCUGGCCACAACGGCGUUCUGUUCCUCGCCGUGGCUAUGGUCAAGACGGCCGAGCAGGAGGCGUUUGCGCCGCCCAAGAUCGCCGCCUGGAUCCAGGCCAUCAGGGACUUUGCGACGAACGAGCUCGGCGAGAGCGCAGUACACGACUGGACGUACCUCAACUACGCCGACAAGUCGCAGCGCGUGCUCGAGAGCUACGGCGUCGGCAAGAUCAGAGAGGCUGCGCGCAAGUACGACCCGGCCGAGGUCUUUCAGCGGCUGUGCCCGGGCGGCUUCAAGAUUUCUGACGUUAAGAUUUGA